AUGGGUUGCGCCGAGGAGAGAAAGGUGUUAUAUGCUACUUAUAUACUGACAGGGGAUGCAGAGAUGUGGUGGCACAGAGCUCGUGCUAUGCUGGAGGCCCGAGGUGAAGUCAUCACUUGGGCUGUAUUUAGAAGUAGUUUUUUGGGAAAGUUUUUCCCUUCUCAUGUUCGUGCUACCAAAGAGCGAGAGUUUCUAAACUUGGUGCAAGAAAACUCAUCAGUCUAUGAGUAUGCAAUACAGUUUGAGCGGCUUUACAGAUUUUAUUCUCACCCGACUUCGGAGGAGUGGAGAUGUCAGAGGUUUUCAGACGGGUUGAGAACUGACAUAAAGAGGAUUUUAAUCCCACUUAGGAUCACGAAAUUUGCUGACUUGGUGGAUCAAGCCACCAUUAUAAAGAGUCUUAAUGCAGAGGAUGUUGGUGGAGUUGGGAAGGCUCCAUCUAGUAGAGCUGCUAGUAGCUAUGGUAAUGGAAGUAAGGGUGCUAAGAAGGGCCCUUACAGUCAGUCGCUACGCCAACAACAAUCUCGACCAUCUCAGUCGAAGGGAUCGGCAGCAUUAGCUCCGGUGCCAGUAGGGACUGCUACCUUUACAUUUCAGCCUAGGGGAGCAACUUCUUCCACUCCUAGAGCCUCAGUGCCGCAGAUUGUCAGAUGUUUCAGAUGUGGUGGGCCACACUACCUGAGCCAGUGCCCACAGACUGAUGUUAGAGUUUGCUUCUCAUGCCAGCAGCCAGGGCAUCUUGCUAGGGACUGUCCUACGCCUAGUGGGGCAGUUUCGUCUUCUGCUAGCGCCUUGCACGCUGUGAGACCUAAAGCGACUAGAGCACCGACGAGAAUUAGAUCGAGAGCAGAGGGACGUGUAUUCACUACUUCUGCAUCAGAGGCAGCCCAGGCAACAUAUCUCGUUUAG